AUGAGAGAAAAGGACAAAGACGAGCAGAAAAACACAGACGCAGGUGGAAUGUCAAACACCCUCCAUGAGACAUCCUCUAACCCAGGGCGUUCGUCCUUUGCAGGGAACGUGUUCGUGAUAGCUGCUAUACUGCUUGAGAGGAACCUUCAGUCAGUGGCCAACUACCUAAUCCUGAGUCUGGCAGUGGCUGACCUCCUGGUGGCGGCGCUGGUCAUGCCCCUGGGGGCUGUUUACGAGAUUGCAUUUUCUUGGACUGGAGGCCCUAAUUUAUGCAGUGACCUGACUUCUAGUGACCUGAUGUCUUGCAGGUUCUGGGCGGUGACCAACGUAGACUACAUACACCAGAGGUCACCCCAGCGGGUGGGCGGCAUGAUUGCGGUCAUCUGGGUGGUGUCCUUCCUGAUCUCUGCUGCGCCUAUGAUGGGCUGGAAGGACCCUGAAUGGCAUGAGCGCCUACGCAACAAAAUGUGCAUCAUCUCUCAGGACGUGGGCUACCAGAUCUUCGCUACUAUCACCUCCUUCUACCUCCCGCUGGCGGUGAUCCUCGUCCUCUAUUGGCGGGUCUACCAGGCGGCCAGGAAGCGCAUAAGACGGAAGAUCGGCACCAACGCGCAGUCUGCACUGUGUCGCGGCCCCGUCACCAUCAGCGAGACGACCACUUUCACCAGGAUGUCAUCGCAGCCCUCGCCGGAAAAGACCUCGAACGGCAGCACCCUCAAUGGCCAUCCCGUGGACGGCAGCCGGGAAGACUCGACGUCCGGGGUGGCUGCUGUAGCUUCCCAGGUCGUCCCGCGACACAUGCGGCGGCGGGAGUUCGAGUCACGGAAGGAGCGGAAGGCAGCCAAGACGCUGGGUAUCAUCACGGGCGCCUUCGUCAUGUGCUGGCUUCCCUUCUUCAUCCUGGCGGUGCUGAUGCCUCUCUGCACCGUUUCCUGCCAUUUUAAUCCCUACCUGAUCGCUACUUUCCUAUGGCUGGGCUACUUCAACUCCACACUCAACCCCAUCAUUUACACCGUCUUCAGCCCAGAGUUCCGCAACGCCUUCAAGAGGAUCCUAUGCGGGAGGAAAAGAGCGUUCCAGCGCCAGUCUUCGAGGUUUUCGUCAGUGAGGUUUACGCGAUCAUAGCACAGCGGGGUGCCUGGGGGGCGCAGGUCGGGCAGGGGGCUGGCCCCCUGCAGCACCACCACCCUGGGUCUGGCUGCAGCUACACGGCUAGCCAGCCUACCACCCAUCACGGAGUCCACCCUGUGAACAGCCUACUGUCUCAACAUGCCGUAGGCCGUGCAUGGUGGAUACCCUACAGCCCCCCACGGCACCAAACUCAACACACAUCCCUAACUAUUCUGCUACUGUGUAGUUCUGUACAGUUUCUGGCGUCUGUGUUCUGUUAUACUGAUGUUUAUCUAUGGUGCUGUAAUUCUGUAAGUGAUGCCGUGUGUGAUUACUCUCGUACUUCCCUCAUGCGACACACUUGACAGCUGUAAAUACGUCUCAUACCUGGAAGUUUGGCGUCUGGUGUGUUAGACUCACUUAUGUACACACCUGGUGCAAAUUAUCCACGUAACUGGUGCAAAGCCAGUAUCAGACCUAUGGUCAUUUGAUGUAAGGCAUAAAUACACCUGGUGCGAGUCAGUCUCAAACCUGUACACUAUAGGUGCAAGUGAGCCUCAUAUCUGCACAUAAGAGGUGCAAGUCAGCCUCACACCAGGUGCAAAUCAAUCUCACACCUAUUCACAAUAGGUGCAAGUCGGCCUCAGACCUAUACACACAUGUAUGCUUCAGCUGGUGCCUCGACAAUCACACCUGCAUCCUCGAUACACCUGCCAUCCCUCUCUAUCACUGCUACACAUGUGUCUUUGCCAAAGAACUGAGUCAGCAACACAGGUAAUGAUAAUCACCUGGUCAGGUACAACACCUGUACCUCACAAUAAACUUACUGUGUAGCUGCUCUAGUAGCUAUUCACUGCUGUGCUAAAUUCAUCACCACAUCUGCCCUACCUCGCUCACACCUGUUGUGAUACAUACGUGCUUCAUUGUUCUCACUCUACACUGUAGGUGGGUGGAAACAUUUCGACUUUUAUCACAACUCAACAGUUGUGGAAUGUGAAUAACUGAGAAGUAUAAAUAUCUCUCUCUCUCUCUCUCUCUCUCUCUCUCUCUC